AUGGUGUUUACAGUGAAUACACCAUUCCAUGGAGUAGGAAAUACUCUAAGUCAAUCUGAAGCAAUGAAUCCAUUAUCAACAUCAAAUUUAACUGAAAUAAGUAAAUAUAAUACAAAAAUUAAUUAUCCAACACGUAAAUAUUUUCUUCAGUAUAUUGAUGAAUUUAAUAAAAAUCAAAUAAAUCAAACAGUACCAAGGUUGACUACACGUGAAACACCAAAUUAUUUAAAAAUUAAUAAAUCACAAGAUAAUAAUCCUUUCUCAUUUAUUAAACACGAGCGUAUUGAUCAGCUUAGGAAUCGUGAACAAAAGCAGAGAAAUGAAGAGAAAGAAAGAUUCGCUAGUGGGAAACCACUGAAUGAAAAAUUACCAUUUGGUGUUAGACAAAGAUAUACAGCAGCACAAAAUAUGCGUGAUUUAAUUUAUGAAGAAAAUUUGCAUGAAUUUAACACUUAUGGUGAAUUAUAUGGUCCAAAGAAUUUGACAGCACGUCAAACUAUUCCUAGUGUACAUCCUCAAAAAUAUCAAGAAAAAUCAAUUAAAAAUUUAAAUUUAGGUCCAAUUAUUAUUAAAGAUAAAGCAAAUGGUACAAUCCAAUCUAAAAUUAUUACAGAUAAUGAUGUUUUAAACACACGACCUGAUACACUGCAUGAUUUUGUUCAAGAUCGAAGAAAAGUUUGUUUGUUAGAAUUAAUGAAUCGUGUAAAAGGCGGUGAAAUUGAACGUUUAGAUAAAAUAAUGAAAGCAGAAUGUGAUUUUCUCAAAAAAGAAGAACAAGAUUUAUUAUAUCGUCAUGAAGAACAUGAUAGGUAUUUAAAAUCAAUAUGUCAAAGAACAGCUGAAGCUAUACGAUUAGCUGAAGGUGAAGCACAUAAAAAAACUGAAAUUAGUGAUCGUAUACGUCAUGCACGUUAUAAACUAGCUCAUUUAAAUGCAGAGUGUAUUAAAUUAGAAGAAGAAUAUCUACGUUUGUGUAGAUAUCGAGAUUUUCUUGAUAAUGUUGCUAGAACAUUUAAAGAGCAUUAUAUUGAUAAGGUAACAACACUUAUUCAAGAUUCUAGUGAAUCUUCAAAUGAAUCUGAGAUGAAAAAAAAGCAGAGAAAAGCUCAAGAUUCAAAUGAAAAUGCUAAAAUAUUUGAUGCAAGAUCUACAACACCGAUGAAUACAACGCCGACAAUGACUACAACAAGCAAUAUAUCACUGGAGGCAACUCAAGCGGUAACUGCCUCAUCUUCAUCAAUAAGUGAGAAAACAAAAGUCGACAUGUCUACUACACAAGAGGAUAAUAGACUGUGCGAAAAUAUAUUCGUUGAUAUAUUUACUAGUCCUAAAGAUUUAGUCAAUAUUCUAUCUGAAUUAGAAAGUACCAAUUUAACAUUGAUUGAAAAUGUUCAAGAACAAGAAGAAGCCUGUGAACGUAUACGUAAUAAAACAAAAAAGUUGGAGAAAAUUUUAACUAAAGAAAAACUUCUUGUCGAUGAUCAUAUUGAACGUGAAAAAAAGAAUAUACAAAUAAUACAAGAAAAUGCUAAACAAAUCAUUAAUUCAAGAAAUGCGCUAAAUGACCACUUUCUAUUGGACAAGUAUAUUAAUGUAUUUUAUUUAGGCAGUAUUGAACAAUUCCAGGAUAUUGAAUUUCGUCAAGCAAUGUUAACAAGUAAAUCAAGUGGUACUAAUGUGAAAGAUAAUCAAACAUUAUCUAAUGUAUUACGUGAUAAACAAGAUACUAAACCAAAUAUUAUGUUUCUUUUAAAUAUAUUACAAUCAGAAGUACAAAAAAUUUAUAUAUCUGUUUAUGGUAAUAAUGAAGGCGGAGCAAAACUGGACACUUUAGUUAUGCUACGUCGGCUGGAGACAACUAUUGAUGAACUUAGUGAAAUGUUAAAUAUGUAUCCAAGAGAUGUUAUCUCAAAGGCUAGACGUGCUGUUGAAGAGUAUACACGAUUUAUUGCACGUCGACGUCAGAAAGAAGAAUUACAAGCUGCUUAUCAACGUCGAGUUGAAAAAGCUAUGGCAAAAGCUAGAGAAAAACCACGUUGGAGAUUUGGUCGAAGAAUAAUGCAUCGAUCAAAGCCUAAAGAUAUUGUGCAUAAAAUUGAUACAAACGUGGAGUCAGUUACUACUGAAGAUGAAGAUAGAAGUUUAUUUCAAUGA